GUCAAUGAGUGUCUAUUGGACUCACUAUUUGUGUCAUUCAGUCAUUUGUUAACUAUUUAUAUGUUUUUUAAUUUCGUAAUUAGUUUAUAGUUUUAAUCAAUUUAUAGUUAAUAUCCAUAUAUUUAUUCAUUGAUUACAUACAAAAUAGACUAUUAUUUUCAUUACACAACUCUUGGCACUGAAGGCAAGUGUCUGUGAUAUCAACUCACAAAUCGAUGUCCAAAAUGUCAGACUAUAUAUCCACGCGAUCGGCGCUAUUCAUACUGACCGUCAUAUUCUUGGGAUCCGUUUCGUGUCUAAGUCUUGUUUACUAUAACUUCCCUAAACUCGAGCCGUCUGAAAGAAAUGACAUAAAACUGCCGAAGAAUAUAGAAGACGCCAAACGGUUGGGAACAGUAUUAUCUCUGUAUAAAGACAAGUAUUUUGUGGUCGUCUUAAGCGGUUUUCUCGUCACUUACGUCUUUCUUCAGUCGUUUGCAAUUCCCGGUUCAAUAUUCCUCAGUAUUUUGUCGGGAUUUCUGUUCCCAUUCCCGAUGGCUAUGUUCUGUGUCUGUUUGUGUUCAGCGGUGGGCGCCUCCCUAUGCUAUCUGUUAUCAUAUUUAGUCGGAAGACGUAUUGUCCUCAAGUAUUGGCCCGAAAAGGCGGCUCAAUGGGCGGCACAGGUGGACAAACAAAAGGAUAACCUCAUGUAUUACAUCAUAUUCUUGAGGAUCACACCAUUGCUUCCCAAUUGGUUCAUAAACAUAACGUCCCCUUUAGUCGACAUUCCUCUGACCACGUUCUUCAUCGGAACCUUUUUCGGGGUGGCGCCGCCCUCAUUCAUCGCAGUCCAAGCGGGCACAACCCUCCAGAAGUUGACUUCGAGUGCAAAUAUCCUUUCGUGGCAAUCGAUCGUUGGUCUCAUCGUAUUCGCUGCCAUUUCCGUGAUUCCAGUCCUAAUGAAAGGCAAACUUAAAGACAAAUUUAAGAUACUUUAGGACCGAUAUGUGCGCAAUUUUAGUCAAUUAUUAUUAUUAUUAAAAUAUUGUAUUUUUCCUUUUGGCUGUUUUUAUCAUCGAUUCAUUAUUUCUUUAAAUUUUAUUUGUUUUUUAGUUAUUUUCGAAUCUCUUCCACAGAAACCCCGA